UAUUAAUAGUUGAGACAAGACUUUGGAGUGACGCUGUUUCUGACACGCAGCUGCUUUCACUUUCAUUUACGAGGAAGUGUGGUGGUGGCGAACAGGCCAAGGCUCGUUUUGUGUUCAAGAAAGAAAGAAGAUAAUCAAAAUGGCGAGUAACCAGGUAGACGACGAAGGCAUGGAUUUUGAAAACCAGGAUAAGUCGAAGGUAGUAUCUCAGGCUGCAAAGAAAGAAGAAGUCCUACUGACUCUGUCGUUGAAGUGGUUGGAUAAAAACAAAAAGAAGACAGAUCUACAAAAAGCCUUUCAGACUUGGUUCAGCAAAUGUGAACCUAAAAUAGACUGCACACUUCAAGAGCUUCUACCAGAUGAGCGGGCUGUGAUUGUGGUUUCACCUCCUCCAGGCCUCAAGGAGCUUCAGAAUCUGAGUAGUAAAACACUUUAUACAAGAGACAAAAAAUCAGAGAAGAAAUUAGAAAAGGAAUUAGUCACCAUUCUGUCUGUAAUGGUGGGAACACCAAAGCAGGAUCCACAAACAGCAGACGAUGCUUCAGUGAAGCCGACUCCUCCAGUGAAUCCGACUCCUUCAGCUGCUUCUGUAAACACCAGUGAUGCCGAUUCCGAGCCCCCAGCUGACAAAGCACACGUUGAAGAACAGAAGAAACCAAUUUCUACAGCAGGAGACAUUCCUGCGGAGAAUCAAACAAUGGAUGAAAGUUGUGUUCUGUCAGUGAAUCAAUUCUUGUAUGUGAGCCGCAUCUACAAGGACAAACUACAGCGCAUACUGGAGGAGAAUGAAGUUGAAAUCAGAUCAGAGGUCGUUGUGAAAUUUGAAUCCAAGCCUAAAGACGGAAAACCAAAUGAAGCAAAGACAAAGUUUAUAGAUCUUGUCCAGGAAUGCUUGGCUGAUUCCAAUGGUUCAGUUUUUUCUCCCAUCUCUGCAGAUCCAGAUCAGUUGAACAGAGCAUUGAAAGUCAUUAUGAACAAGGAAAGCAAACUUUUAGCCAACAUAUCCUCUGAAGAAAUAACAGUUUUUGGACCAAAUGGCCAGCAAAAGCUUCUUGAUCCAAUGUUAAAACCAUCACAUAAAACCAGCACUGGUUAUGAAGAGUCUGAACGUUGGUCUUCGUCUUCAAACUUCAGUGGUGAUUUCCUGGUGAAAAUCAACAUGACAAUCAAAGAUGAUCUUGCUGAUGAAGGUCUGACCAUAGAUAAGGACCAGUGGAAAAACCUGAAGUCUUCUUAUGAUAACCACCUUAAAGUGAUCAAAGCUAAGUUCAAUGUCGAUUUUAAGGAAUCCAGCAUCAGUGAGGGCAAAGUUAAUGUCAAACCAUCAUAUAAAGGACAUGGAGGAAACCCAGCAAUGGAGAGCCAUGCUGUCAGAGCUCUGCUGCGUCUGUACCAGAAGAUGAUGACGUCAUCCAUGCCACUUCCUCCACCUUAUCGUGCCACUAGGUUCAGUGGUUCUGAAGAUAGUUUCACUGGUGCUGGAGUUAAUGGUCAUUCAACAAAAAACAAUAAAGAAUCAGCAGGAGAGGGCGCAACAGGGGACAGCAAAGAUGACAAAUGUUCAAUUUGUUUGUCCGAUUUUACUAAUAAGAGGCAGCUGAAGUGUAAACAUGAAUUUUGUGAGGAGUGCCUGCAAAAUGCAAUGAAACACAGUGGACCCAUCUGUCCAAUAUGCAAGGAUGUUUUUGGUGUGAUGAAGGGAAACCAACCUGAUGGAAAAAUGACUUAUAAUAAGUAUCAAUCAUCCCUCCCUGGAUUCCCAGGUUGUGGCCAUAUAUGCAUCACCUACAACAUUCCAAGUGGAAAACAGACGGAAAAUCAUCCAAAUCCUGGUCAAUACCAUUCAGGAGCUGUCAGACAGGCAUAUCUUCCAGACAACAAAGAGGGCAAUGAAGUUCUGCUACUCCUGAAAAAAGCUUUUGACCAGAAUCUCAUUUUCACUGUUGGAGCUUCUAGGACAACCGGGGCGGAUAACAUGGUGACCUGGAAUGACAUCCACCACAAGACGUCCAUGUCAGGAGGACCAGAGUGUUAUGGAUAUCCAGAUGAGAACUACCUGAGCAGAGUCAAGGAGGAGCUGAAGGCUAAAGGCGUCCAGUGAAGUUUUUGUUUUACAUUAAAUACAUUUUUAAUUCCAAAUCUGACAAAUUGAAUUUGAAUUUCCACAUUUUGUUCUGUCAUGUUAGAUGUUUUAUAAUAAAUAAGACUUAAUGGUUACUUUGAAGUUCACUGAAAGACUCUCUCAUCGAUCAAAACAUAACUAAACAAAUCACAUCCUUUUGAAAGAUUUACCAAAUUGUUUAUUUUUUUCCGUACAUGUAUCAUGUGAAUCACAGUGUAUUUUUUAUAUAACUGUAAUCAAAUGUAAGAUGAUUAUUGGUUUGGGUUUUUCUCAAAUAAAUUAAUAAAUUUACA